AAGGAGCGGCUCCACAGUUGUUGUAUGACCCACGAGAGGUGCAGAGCAAAGGGAAGAGUCGCCGGUGCCUGUUUCCAGGGGCACGAAGAGGAGCAGGUCAGCACCUCGAGAGGCACCGGUGCCCCUCGCGCCUCUUUUCCUCCACGAGUAUGGGAAAGGCUCGACUCCGACCAAGCAUGCCGCGCUCGUGCCAAGCCGACUAACUGCAGCUGUCGGCGCCCAGAGGAAAGCGAAAGUAAUUUGGCCCGGACGGGAAUCUCGGACGCACCGCAAAACCAAGUCAAGUCUGCUCCGGCUCCACCAGAUUAUGCCCGCGCCGAAAGUGCCUCGAAGACCGCUGAAGGCGUAGCUCACUUUGUCUCACACAACCCCCCACGCACAGAAAGGGCUCGUCGCCGUUGCUUUUGCAAUCGCGACCAAGAUUUUGUAACCGGGAAACAUUAUGAGUACGACUCUGGCACCACCAUGAGUGGCCAAGUACCUCCUCGUGGACCAUGUCCCAUGUUUUUUUAAGGUAUGUCUUUGGGAUUCAACCGCUCUUCCUAGUUCUGAUGCCAGAUGUGACCUCUGCUUGUGAGAAAACAAAUAUAAAGAAUAAUUAUCUGUUUGUUCUACGCCAUCACCUUGAAAAACUGGUAAAUGUAUCUGAACAACUUGAUGGUGAAUGUAGACAGAAUAACACUGAAGAAUUAAACUGCACUUCUCUCAAGAAAAUAUACCGUAUGGCAUGCCCGCUCAAUAGACUAUCCAACUGUGUCAACAGUACUGAUUUAAAGAACAGCAUGAACAGUGUUUAUGACCAAACACUUGGCUUGAUAAAGCCAUGCCUCACGGACAAACAAAAAAAAUGUCAUCAAGGGACAGACGCUUGCCAAAGAUCAAAUUCUGCAGUCUUAUGUCGUAUAAAGAAAAGCAUAUCCAAGUAUAAGUUAUGCUGGAUGCAGUUUUUAAAAUCUUAAAUGCAAUGUUAUGAAUUAUAAAAAUGUUUUCCAUGGACUGUUUUUCUAAUAACUUUGCACUGUUGGUACCUCUUUUCUAUGCUCACUCAAGUAUUCUUUGCCAAAGUCCUCACACGACACUGGUUCACAGUGGCUCAUUCCGCACAUGCAGAAUAAUGCACUUUCAAACUGCUUUCAGUGCUCUUUGAAGCUGUGCGGAAUAGCAAAAUCCACUUGCAAACAGUUGUGAAAGUGGCUUGAAAACACAUUAUUUUGCGUGUGCAGAAGGGGCCAGUGUUUCUGGAGAUAAGAAUCCCUCAGUGUUUUGAGGAAACUCUCAACACUAACAGAAGCAAACAAAUGCUACUGAUAACUAUUCAUUCUUUGUUUCCCUAAGAGUUUUAUUUCCAUUUUGAUACAUUUAUAUAUAUUACAUAUUUUUAAUUCAAAGAACAGCCAAGCACUUUAAAAAAUGCAAAGAAAGGAACUUGCCAAGUCCGUGUGGCUUAUGUCAUGGUUGCAGAGAUUUUUUUUCUAAUGAUGGGUGUAAUUGCUUUUAUAGCUAAUGCAUAAGACAGGCUAGAAGAGGGAAAAUGUUUAUUUAUAAAACAAGGUUGGAUUAUCUAGUUUAAGGAAUGUUAUAAUGGAGGCAGCUGAGGUUAUGUGUAGUAAGAACUGUGUAUGAAAGUCAAGAAAGUUCUUCCAGGGAUGCUUAAGGGUUGCUCAAAUUUAGGGUUGACUUCUCUGAAGCAAUUCAUUUAAUACAAUAACUUAACAUUAAGAAUUUUUUAUAAAAUAAUAUAUUUGUACUUUAUAGCUAUGAAGUUUGUAUUUAACAAGUACUGUUAUCACUGUAACUCGAUUUUUUACACAAUUCUUAUUCCUUUAAUGUUAAUACAUCCAUAAUUAUGUAUUCUACACAAUGUUUUUAGAAGCAUUUUAGUUCUACUGUAUUAGAAUAUUUGCAUCUGAAAAAAAGUGGGGAAGGAAAAUAAUACCAAUUCUAUGAAGGUGUUAUACCGUCUUAUUUCCAGAGUUUAAGGAAAGUCAGUGUCCAUUUAUCAUGUUAAGAAAAUACUAUUAACAUUUACAGUUCUAACUAUUGUAUUAGUGUCAUAAGGAUUCAGCACUAGUUUGCUGGUACUUAUCUAAUCCUAACU